CUCUCCCUCUCUCUAUCUCUCUCUCACACGCACACGCACAUAUACAUAUAUAUAUAUAUAGAUAUAUUUAUAGAUAUAGAUAUAUAUAAAUAUAUUUAGUCUCACAUCUCUUGAUCCACUCUUUUAUUCUUGGUGUAUGACAAUAUCAUCUAUUCAACUUUUACAACAAAAUUACUAUCAAUAACCAAACAACCAUUCUUUUACCUUACAUGAAUUUUCACGACUAUGCAGCUGCAUCAUCGCAAGCAACAACAACAACAACAACAACAUCAACAAAUAAUAAUACAUAUUACACUCAUCCACCAAAGAUGACCUUACCAUUUUCAACAUCAUCACUUGCAACAACAAAAUCAUCAUCAGGAUCAUCAGGAGAAACUGUAGCAGCAGGCUAUCUUACUACUCAUCAUAACACUCCUUCCGUGAUCACUUAUUCCACCAAUGCAUUACAAACAACUACGAUUGUGGAUACGUCGCCUUAUUCAUAUUCAACCUCCGCCAAUCAGGAAUAUCAUCCAUCCUACCAACCGUCCGAUGAUAAUUGUACUUUAUCUAUGAAUCAAUUACAAAUGACUUCUUGGCUUAAUCAACCAACAUUAUCUUCAUCCAUGGUAUCUUCCAAUUAUUCAUCCUUAGACAAUGAUGAAAACCUGUUGAUUCCUCUCCCAGAACGUGGCGUGGCUGGCUUUGUAUGUAAGCUAUAUCAGAGUCUGGAAGCCCCUGAUAAUGGUGAAAAGUAUGCUCAUUGGUGUGAACACAACGGCAAAGAUAUGUUUAUUAUUGACUGUAUACCAAAAUUCACAGAAACAGUUCUUCCCAAACUUUUCAAACAUUGCAAGUUUGCAUCUUUCGUAAGACAAUUAAACAUUUAUGGAUUCCAAAGAGAUACGGAUGCAAGGAAAUCAAAGGAUAGUAGAGAUAAAGAUACUUGUCGAUGGUAUCAUACUCAUUUCCGACCUGGUCGACGUGAUUUAUUCCAUUUGAUUCGACGAAAAGCAACUCGAUAUUCCAGAAGAAAACGUAUCAAGUCUGAACAAGAACAAGAAGAACAACCUGUUGAUGAUGAUUCCGAUCAUGAUGAUGCAGAUACACCCACCAGUCAUCAUCAAUCUCCAUCUAUUCCUUCGAAUGCUACAACGCCAACAAUGACUACUCAUGGGAAUGCCUUGGUUUAUACCUCUUCUCCUCCAUCUUCAUCUACUCUUUUUGGUGAUCAUCUAAUGGAUUCCUCUUCUUCUUCUUUGAUGGUGUCUCCAACCUCACAAUCUGCCUUACCUUCAUCAUCACAACAACAACAACAUUCAUUAUCUCAUCAACCAGUGGCUUUGCCUUUUGAUCAACUACAGCAACAACAUCAUGCAAUACCACAUCCCCUUCAACAACAAAAACAACCAUCCUCCGAUGCUCUUUGUUUAUCAUCACCACUUGACAUUAGUACUCAGACGAAUGGAAAUUACACUACAUUUAUGAAUGAUUAUCAACCACCACCACCGCCACAAACAAUGAUGUUUGAUCAUCCAUCAUCCAUGUACAAUAUCAUGCUUCAGGAACCAUCGGUCUCACCCUCGUCAUCGUCUUCCUCUUAUCAAGAUGAACUCAAAGCCUACAUCACACGAUUACAGCAUGAUUAUCAGCAAAUGCAUACUUACUUUACCAACGAACUCUCCAAAGCUCACAAACAAAUUGAAAUCCAACGUCUACGGUCUGAUUCUUUGGAAAGGUCGUUACGAGGCGAAUGACCUCUCUUUCUUUUUUCUUAUUUUUUUUUCUUAUUUUUAUAUUUAUAUCUUUUACCUUUUUUUUUUUAAUUAUUAUCCAUAUAUGUCUUUUUAUUCUUUACUAGUAGUACUUUAUAUGAAUUUGUUUGUAGCUUUUUUUUUUAUUUUUUUUAUUUAUUUAUUAUUAUUCUUUACCCUACACAUACACACACACAUUACUUUCCUAUUCCCAUUCCAAU